AUACAGUAUUCGAUACUAGCUUAAUUUUGUGAGUAACUGUAUGUAUGUACUCCCCUGCCCCUUUAUCAGAUAACUAUAUAUAUACAUAUUGUACACAUUUAUAUAAAACGUGCAGUUUUGAAUUCAGUCGACACUGGCCGACACGUCAACGAGAAUUGUUAUUCUACAGGAAAACCUAGUGGACUUUAGACUUCGUUCGAAUUUCACUGUUACAGAUAUAUUUUGUUAACAAGAUGUCUGUUGUAACAAAAGGAAUUUUUAUUGUAGCUGCAAAACGCACCCCAUUUGGUACAAUGGGUGGUGUGUUUACAAAUAAGAGUGCAACAGAAUUAUCAGUUGUUGCCGCAACAUCUGCUUUACAGUCUGCAAAAUUGAAGCCUGAGAAAGUUGACAGUGUUGUAUUUGGUCAUGUAUUAAGUUCAUCAUCCAGUGAUGGAGGUUUCUUAGCAAGACAUACAGCUUUGAAAUCUGGAAUUCCUAUAGAAAAACCAGCCUUUGCAAUUAACAGAUUAUGUGGUUCUGGAUUUCAGUCAAUAGUGUGUGGUGCACAGAGUAUUCUAACAGGAGAGUCUAGAGUGGUUCUAACUGGAGGUGCAGAUAACAUGAGCCAAGCACCUUUUAUUGUGAGGAAUAUUCGCUUUGGUACAAUGUUGGGACAGAAAUAUGAAUUUGAAGAUUCCCUGUGGCUUGGGUUACUAGAUACUUAUUGUAAUUUACCUAUGGGGAUGACUGCAGAGAAGCUUGGAGCCCAGUAUGAUUUAAAAAGAGAAGAAGUAGAUCAAUUUGCACUGAGAAGUCAACAAACAUGGAAAGCUGCUAAUGAUGCCGGUCGUUUUAAGGAGGAAAUGGCACCUGUAACAGUCAAAGUUAAGAAGCAGGAUGUCGACGUUAACACGGAUGAGCAUCCACGCCCUCAAACGACUCCUGAAAGCCUAGCUAAGUUGUCUCCUGUUUUCCAGAAGAAUGGUUUGGUUACAGCCGGCACAGCAUCAGGUAUUUGUGAUGGCGCAGGAGCUGUCAUCUUAGCUAGUGAAGAAGCUGUCAAAGCGGAAGGACUCAAGCCAUUGGGACGUUUAGUAGGCUAUACGGUUGUAGGUGUAGAUCCUAGCAUUAUGGGAAUUGGGCCUGCGCCAGCUAUCAAACAGCUUCUUAAGAUCACUAACAAAACGCUGGACGAUAUGGAACUCGUUGAAAUCAACGAAGCUUUUGCAGCUCAAACACUAGCCUGUGCUAAAGACCUAAACUUAGACAUUAACAAAUUAAAUGUGGACGGUGGUGCUAUUGCUCUGGGACAUCCACUGGCUGCAUCUGGCAGCAGAAUUACUGCACAUUUGGUGCACGAGCUCAGGAGAAGGAAGACUGGAAAAUUAGGAAUUGGUUCCGCAUGUAUUGGCGGAGGUCAAGGAAUUGCUAUAAUGGUGGAGGCCCUCUAAUAAAAAGAAUUGAACCGAGAAGUACGGAUUGUGCAAUAGAAGCGAUUCAACUUGAUGAGAAAAUGUAGUGUGAAAGACGUGUUUAGAUUUUAUAUUUUUGAUACACAUAAGAAGUACAUUAAACAAGUAUAUCGCUAUAUUUUAUAUAUGAAAUGUUAAAAAGAAUGUAAUGUUACUAAUUUUUAUAAAAAUAUAUGCCCUUUUAAUAACUUUCUAAAGGAA